AUGCAUCACAUAACAGACGCAGAUAGAAUAUACUUUUAGCACACUUGCCGGCUUUUUGGCACCAUGUUUAAACGUGUGAUGGUGGUAUUCGUUUUAUUCGGAAAUGCUAACCUUAGCGAUGUAAGCUUUUACGAGGUUUUGGGUAUAACAAAGCACUCCACUACGCAGGAAAUCCGGCAAGCUUAUAAAAAAUUAGCAAUAAAAUAUCAUCCCGAUAAAAACCAGGAUGAUUCAGUUCAGGAGAAGUUUCUUAAAAUCACUGAAGCAUAUGAAACAUUAAAAGACGCACAGAAGAGGCGCAUGUAUGACACGUUUGGGGUCCAUCAACCGAACUCCAGGCACCAUGACUAUCGGAGCCAGAAGGAGUAUAAUAACAUGUUCUAUAACGGUCUUUACCAUGAAGAUCCAUUUGUAGAUACAGUCUCAGGGAAAGAGUUUUAUAAUUAUUUAAGUGAUGGGUUCCACUUCAUUAACUUCUAUUCUCCGUUCUGCCCACCAUGUCAAAAUCUAGCUGAUCACUGGAAGAAGCUUGCAGAAGUAUAUAAGGGCAUUGUAAAAGUGGGUGCAGUGAAUUGUAAAUACCACAAUUCAUUUUGCUACAACUCAAUGAGCAUUGGCAGCUAUCCAUCUCUAUUAUUUUAUCCUAAUGGCAAAAAAGGCAACUACAUUUACUACCGCGGUGCUCAUACAUUUAAAGCAUUGGAGGAUUUUGUCCUAUCAUACAUAGAUAAAUCAAACUAUGUACCAACUCUAACAUACCUUAGAGGCCUUGACAAACCCAUGGCUUAUGUAUUAGGAAGAAACAGAAUAGACCAUGAUGCUUUGACAAGACUAGCAUAUCAUUUGAAUGGGCUCGUCGCACUAGCUGUGAUUGAAGACGACAACAUCAGGUCCGAACUAACAAACAAUGAGUACACGACCGUAGUAUACCGGUUCCGGAAAACGGUGAAGGAGAUUACUAGCACAGAAGAGAAGGAAAUCCUGAGUGAAGUCAUUGAGGCUCUGCCUACCAUUGAACCAGUGGACCCAGAGAAGUUUAAGGACAUAAGAAACCAGCUUCGCACUGGCUACCAAAACGCCUGGGUCUUGUACUUCUCGAAGAAGGAUGACGACAAACUGUUGCUGUAUCAGAUGAGGAUGAAAUUCCCAGUCUUGCAUUUUGGUGAAAUCGACUGCGACGCGUGGCCACACCUCUGCCUGUCCCUGCAAGUGGAUGCCACGCCGGCUUGGGCCCUGCUCAAGCCGGGAGGCGCCUACCAGAAGGCCUCGCGGUCGGCCGACCUCAAGACUUUCCUCCGAGUAGCCCCGUUGGCUACUAAGCUGCACUCGUUGGCGCCAUCCGCUAUUAAGACUUUGCACGAAGAUGUAGGAACUUGGGUGGUGCUAGUAGUGCCAUACAAGGCCUCGUGGGACACUAUCGCCGAAGCAUUCACGCGCGCCUCUUUGCACUUCCUGAACUCAGAAAAUAUAAGCUUCGGCAUAAUUACGUGCUGUGAAAAGACCGCGCGCUACUGCCGCGAAGUGAGUUCGAACUCGCCAGUAAUGUUCGUUCAAACGGGGAACAAGAGAGACAUGUACAGCGGCCGAAUAGAUGAACACCAGAUAGUGGACUUCAUACAGCUUAUAAAGGAUAGUGCAGAUUUGGAACUGACGGAGGAGCAGGCCCUGGCGAUAUUAGAUCCCAGCCGCGAAGAGGCGUGGCUGGUGGCCUACCUGCCGCCUGGCCACGAGGACUUGAAGCAUGUGUGGCGACUGGUCGCCAAUAAGCUGCGGCCGCUGCAGUUCGUGCGUGCAGGCGUGCUGCAGUGUGCGCGCGGCGCGGGCGGGUUCUGCGCCAACGUGCGCGCGCCCACUGCGCGCCUUUACCCCAUCGCGUCAGGACAGCAUUACUCAGUAAGUUUGCAGCACCUAAAUGAGGCGCCAUACAUACUGGAGUGGGCGUUGGACCAUAUUGACGAUUCGGUGCAGAAACUCAAUUGGAACUCCUUCUCCAAGCGCGUUAUAGCAGAGGAACUGCAACCCUCGAGUGGCAAGAAACCCUGGUUGGUCUACUUCCACUCCCCACGGUGCUACCGCUGCUACGAAAUGUAUGCCGAUUUCGCGAUUGCUGGCAUCCUACUCAACAGUGCAGUAAACCUGGGUAAAGUGAACUGUCUCAACGAGCGAGGCGUGUGUCAACACGAGCACAUCACCAGCUACCCCUCCCUCCGGCUUUACCUCAACAGAAACAACCAUCAGAGGUUCAGCAGUGUCAUCUCCAUACAUGUGCAGGACUAUGCCUCUCUUCUUAAGCACAUCAAAGCACACUUGAUGAAUUAUGAUGAAAGAUUACUGGCUGGCAUUGAGGUGAAGUCGAGGCAUGAUGAGUUAUAACUACUAAUGAUCUAUAGGUAGCAAAAUUUUAAUAAUCUCAUU